GAAUUGUUACCAGUUUUUUUUUUACUAUUAAGUAACACGUGCUUUACAUCAAUAUUUAAAAUGUCCCGUUUUAGGAUAUUGUGUUUUAUUUUAUUCACGGGGUGUCAGUACGCAGCCGGCAAUCCGGUGAACGUCACCGAGUAUGAGCACGUGCGCGAGGCGGACGCGUGGCUGCGCCUGCACAGCGUGCCCGCUGCCUGGUCAGACGCCGCCGUGCGCUGCCAACUCGAAGAUGGUGUGUUGGCAUCUCCCACAUCCGCAGCCAUUGCGCGGGCGAUGCUGAACGCGAUGGACAAGCACAAACUGGCUUCAAACAGCGUGUUCAUCGGAGCAACGAGCCUUUUCUCCAAAGUAGACUUCAAAUCUUUGGACGGAAAGGAUCUUGCUGACAGCUUGGAGUGGGCCUCGGGCGAGCCGGACCACGCCGGUGACGAGGCCGAGGACUGCCUGACGCUAACCGGCACGGGCACGCUGGCCAACAUCAGCUGCGCUAAACUGCUGCCCUACUUUUGCCGCAAGACCGUCCACAACUGCUCCUCCGAUGGAAUCACAAGUCCCACAGUUGGGCUGCGAACAUGCAACGAUCGGCCUGACUACAAAUGGGAGCCCAGCACCGGCAGCUGCUACAAGUUCCACGGCGCUUCGAAACCCUGGCGCCUCGCCCUGGCCACGUGCCACACCGAGGGUGGACAUCUGGCCAUCAUCAACAAUCAAACCGAAUCUAAUAUCCUCAAGAAUCUUUACAAUCACAACACAGACACAGUAACUGGAGCAGAUGAACCUAGACAUGCAUUUAUUGGCUUGAGGAAAUAUGAUGAUGGCGAGUGGGCUACCAUAUUUGGUGAGCUGCUCGCCGAGACCGGGUUCGCGAUCUGGGACGUAAGCGAGCCAAGCAACGGUGACGGACUGGUCAAUGAGUACUGUGGCUCUAUGCACCUUAACGGGUUGCUCAACGAUGCUUCCUGCUCAUGGAAAUCGCCUUUCAUUUGCGAAAUUACCGCUUAA